AUGACGGGAGGUAAGGUUCAGGUCGUACUCCCGUACCUGACCUGCUGUGCUGUUAUGGCAUCCAACUUUAGCUCCAACUUCCAGCUUCAGCUCUCCAGUCAGCCUUCAAAUCAUCGAACCUCGCCGCAUCAUAUUCGUGACCGAGUACCAAAGUUGCCAAAACUCCGAACCAUCUCCACGAUCCAUCCAGCCCACGCAAUUAGUUUGCCUUCGUCCAAUUUCCAUCAAAUUUCUCGGAACCAUGAAGAGGCGAGGAAUCUAACUGGAUCGGGCAAAUACCAGCCACUCAAGCUCGAGAGGGAUAAUAUUCCUGCUCUAUUCGUACAGAUACCGUCGCUCACCAUCCCAUCCCGCUCGACAGAGCAGGGCCCAGUCAUCACUAGGAUUCAGGGAUUGCCAGUAAAGAUUUUCAAUCACGAGGAUGGAAUCGAUAGAUUUGCCUGCCCUCGAGCACAGAGGCAUCAAGCCAUCAACAACAGCACAGGCGUUCGAAGGCGGUACCUGAGCUCACGCAGUGCACCAUACCAUUACGCAAACGCUCAGAUUUUGGCCCGCGGGACGGUGAAAUGGAGCGCACGAGAUUUGCAAGGCCUGGCACGCACCCGAUCCGUCCGGAGCACAACUAGCCACUUUCAGACACCACGACCCCGGUGUCCAGUACCCACAGAAACAUGGCAGGGGAAACCAAAGGGCGGAUGGCCGGGUUAUGGGACGCUUCAAGGAUGUUUACUGGGGUGCGUCAAGACGUCUAGGGGGGCAGCACUAUACACGACUACAGCACACGGGCUAAUGGCAAGCGGUGCUGGACUUCCGGGCUAUUUAGGGGGGUCCCAUUCGGGGUGGACUGGACCAAGGCAGUGGGACGAUGAUGUGGCCGGUUGGGUCAUCAUCGUUGAGCUGUCCAGAGAACUCGAGGCUCGAAACUUCAGGCCAUCCAGCUACAAGGAAAAAGAGGAAAGACGGCGUGAUGAAAGUCGCUUUCCAGUUGCACACUGGGCCAUGUUAUCCUGGUUCAUCAAUACUUGCUUCUGGAUCAAGCGAAACAAAAUGCCUUGCUUCAUAGGAAGGCGGGUGUUAAUGAGCACUGACGUCGCCCAUGUGUCUACCGAGAGAGGCUCGCAGAUUACCGUCUUGCAAGAACCCGAGGCUGGAAGAGAGGCGACCCUCGCUAGAACCCGGACCGCCGAUUUGGUUGGCAAUUUCGCCCCGGCUCCGGAACUCGAAAGGGAGGACAUGAACAAGGGCGAGUCGCGAAAGGCCUGGCCGGAGAAGAAGCCUUACACAGCUUCCAGAAUCCAAUGA